CAUCAUGUCGUAGUAGAGCAGAAUAAUAUUACUGAAGGCCGCGGGUGCGCCUUCCACCGUUUUUGUAUAAUUUACGACGCGCUAAAGUUCGCUUUCACGGUACCUAUUCAAUCGUUAUAUUAUAUUUAUUGUACUCGACCAUCAUCGCGAUAAUACCCAAUAUUAUGAAUUAUAUUUGCCGGUUUCUUUCGACUGUUAGAUCCGAACACAAGAUUUAUCUCAUCCGACACUAGCAGUGAAUAUAUAUAAUAUAUAUAUUUCGCAGUGUAUGCCAGUGAAUUGGUUUUAAUUUAUGUCAGAUCUAGUGUUGACAGUGAUUUAAAAUGUACUAAUAAUAUGGGUUCAAAACGCCUACGUGUAUAUGUCCAAAAUCGUAUAUGAAAACAAUAAUGAUUUUGCGGACGAAUGUAGCAACAAUACAAACAAAUAUUGUAUUCCACUUGGUGGGACGAACGGUUAUGACACUAUAUAAUUAAAUAUUGUUAUAUCUUAAAUUUAAACAUAUUAUAUGACAAACCAUGCACGAAGAAAAAAUUGUAUUCUAGACACCUAUACAAAUAUAUACGUCAAAGCAAUACUAUCCGACUUUAUGCUACUAUAAAAAUCAAUAUGGCCAACAUUCAUAUCACAACUGAAGUUAGUGAAAAUGCUACAGAUGUGAAAAGUGAUUGCAAUAUCAAGAAAAAAUGUACUACGGAAACUAAUAACGUUGACUGCAAUAUCAAUUGCGCAGGUCCUUCAAAUGUUGAGGAUUUUAAUCUUGAACCAAUUGAUCAACAAAAUUCUAAUAUCGGUUAUCGUGGUCCUAGCACUAGUAGAGGUCCUAGUACUAGUAAUGGUCCUAGCACUAGUAGAGGUACUAGUACUAGUAGUGGUCCUAGCACUAGCAGAGGUCCUAUAAAUAGUCUUGAACAGAAGAAAAAUAAAUCGCAAUAA